AGACAGCCUGCGCUAACCUUGAGGGACUGGUCGGAGCAGCCUCUUAAAAAGGGCUGCUGUGAAAAUGCCUGCAAGCGCUUAGCCAAAGUUUGACUUUUAAUAAGUUAAGUGCUUAAUAAAGUUUCCUGCGGUUACAGUAUUUGAUGUUUUGUGUUUGUUAUAAAACAAAGAAGAGGGCCAUGGGGUUUAACUCAUUAAACAGUCGAAGAGACUGAUGAAGCUGACAGGAUCACGGCCGGCUCCAGGCGGGGUGCGGGGCUGGGUGCGGGCCAGUGAGGUGCUAGGGCGCGCUCGGGCGCACCCGGCGGGGCCCAGGGGCGGGGUCAAGGAAGCCCCGCCCAGUAGCCACCUGUGACAGGUGGAGCGAGCAGCGCCCGGCUCUCAGCCAUGUCCGCGCAGGGUGCGGGGCUGCCGCUGGAGCCGGAGCCCGGGCCAGGACAGGGGUCGGAACCAGGAUCCGGGCCCGGGUCUGAGCCUGGACCACUCUGCCCCGAGCACAGGCAGCCUCUGAGCUGGUUCUGCAGCUCCGAGCGGCGGCCGGUGUGCGCUGCCUGCGCGGGGUUGGGCGGCCGCUGCCAGGGGCACCGCAUCCGUCCAGCCGAGGAGCGCGCCGAGGAGCUGCGGAACAAGAUUGUGGACCAGUGCGAGAGGCUGCAGUUACAGAGUGCCAGCAUAACCAAGUAUGUGGCCGAGGUCCUGCCGGGGAAGAACCAGAGAGCAGUGAGCAUGGCCAGUGCUGCGAGGGAACUGGUUAUCCAGCGAUUGAGUCUGGUGAGGAGUCUGUGCGAGAGCGAGGAGCAGCGAUUGCUGGAACAGGUGCAUGGUGAAGAGGAGCGAGCCCACCAGAGCAUCCUGACGCAGCGAGUUCACUGGACCGAGGCUCUGCAGAAGCUUGACUCGAUCCGCACCAGCCUGGUGGGCAUGCUUACUCAUCUGGACGACCUCCAGCUGAUCGCAAAGGAGCAGGACAUUUUUGAGAGGUCCGAAGAAGCAGAAGGUAUUUUGGAUCCCCAGGAGUCGGAGAAGUUAAACUUUAACGAGAAGUGCACCCAGAGCCCUCUGCUGACACAACUCUGGGCCACAGCCGUUCUAGGAUCGCUGUCAGGCACAGAGGACAUACGGAUUGAUGAGAGGACUGUCAGCCCCUUCCUGCAACUGUCAGAUGACCGAAGGACCCUGACCUUCAGCACCAAGAAGUCCAAGGCCUGUGCAGAUGGCCCAGAGCGCUUUGACCAUUGGCCCAAUGCCCUGGCUGCCACCUCCUUCCAGGCCGGUCUGCACGCCUGGGUGGUGAACGUGCAGAGCAGCUGUGCCUAUAAGGUGGGCGUGGCCUCGGGCCAGCUGCCCCGCAAGGGUUCUGGCAGUGACUGCCGCCUGGGCUACAACACCUUCUCCUGGGUCUUCUCCCGGUAUGACCGGGACUUCCGCUUCUCCCACAACGGGCAGCAUGAGCCUCUGGAGCUGCUGCGGGGCCCGGCCCGGCUGGGCGUGCUGCUGGACCUGCAGGCACACCAGCUCCUCUUCUACGAGCCGGCAUCAGGAGCAGUACUCUACACCCACCGCGCUGCCUUCCCCGCACCCCUCUUCCCUGUCUUCGCGGUGGCCGACCAGAACAUUUCCCUUGUGCACUGACCUCUGAUCACAGAGAGGCCGGCUCCUCAUCGCCACACCUUUUCAGGGCACCUUUCGUUCCCUAAGGGUGCAUGUAUGUGUGUGUGGGGGGGAGGAGCAGGGUGUGUAGCAAAGGGAUAAAGGUCGUGCCCACUGGUUAGCUCUGGGAGGGGCAAGGAAGUGGCAGAACUGGGUACGAUGCUUAAGUGCUGGGAACCUGGAGGGGAAUCUGCUACUUCCUGGGCCUCAGUCUUCCAAAUUCAGUAUGAGCCUGUCCCCUGCCCCCAGGGUGUCUUGUCAACAACUUGAUCUCUGGCAUCCAGCAAGGUGCCUGAUAAGUAGAGUGCACAGUAAAAAUGUAGUGAGUGAAUGGGUAGAUUGGUGGGUGGGUGGAUGGAUGGAUGGGUGGAGGGCUGGCUGGGUAGGUGCACAGCAACUGGCUGUACAUGCUGGGCCCAGGGAAAGCACCGCCUUGAGCCGCUGCCCCAGAUCAGCACACAGAAGAGGUUGUCCAGCAGAAGCCUGAGGCUUUUUCAGUGCAGUUCAGUGCUUCUCGCUGUUUGCAUGACAUGCUCUAGCUCACAAGAACAAUUUGAAAGGGGCUGUUCCUGGACACAGGGGGCUGGUUUGGUAGAUCAUGUCCUCUGCAUGCCCACCCAGCAGCAUGUGUCCCUGACCUGGCAGUUGAGCUUCAGCCUGGGGCCCCAGGGAUAAUGGGGACCUGUUUCCCCCAGUAGCAGCUGAGUGGAGACCUCAGGCAAGCACUGCGAGCCAGACAGUUACAGAUUGGCCUUAGGAAUUAUAGGCGUGAUUUAAAGGUUUUUUAAAAAUGCACCCUGGAAUAGUGGUCUUCCAACUUUUAUCCAGGAACUUUGUUCCAAAGCAACAUCACCUACAGCGUCAGGUUCCUGGGUUCAAGAGGGUGAGGGCCAGAGCCCUCCCCAUUUUUGAAGGGUGAGUAGGGGAGACUCACAGCAAUUUGAAAGCCUCCAUGUGGGGUUGGUGUUGUGGUAUGGCAGGUGAAGCACAGUUUGUGACACCCGCAUCCCUUAUCAGAAUGCAAGUCCCUGCUGCUCUGCUUCCAGACUUCCUGCUUAGGGACCUGGGAAGGCAGCAGAUAAUGACCCAGCUAUGUGGGUCUCUGCUACCCAGCUGAGACACUCAGAUGUCAUUGCUAGCCCACACCUGGGUGUUGUGGCCAUCUGGGGAAUGAACCAGCAAAAAGAUGUCUCCAAAUCUUCUCUCUGUCAUUAUGUCUCUCAAAUAAACAAAUUGAAAAGAAACAAAGAAAACGAAAACCAUUAUUUAAUUUGGAGAGGUCACAAAGUAAAGCUGGCAGGGUCAGUGGUUACUGACUGAGUGCCCAGAUGGGGACAAUCAUUAUUGUGCCUCCAUCACUUGUGGCCCUGCAGUAACACAGACCCAGAGGGGCCAAGGAUAAAGAUCUUGAGAGAUAAAAACCGAAAACAAUCCUGAUUUGCAUCUGCACAGUCAUUUCUUUGAAAUACUGGACAAAUAGCCAUAGUCCAUAGCACUUGGGAGAGCUUGGCACUGUGGUUACAGGAUGGAUGCUCGCAUCCCAUGUUGAAGUGCCUGGGAUUUCAUUCCUGGCUCCAUCCCUAACCCCUGCUUCUUGCCAGUGUAUAUCCUGGGAAGCAAUAGGGACUCAUCCUGCCACUAACAUGGAAGACCAGGAUUGUGUGCUAGGCUCCUGGCUUUGACCUGGCCUAGCCUCAGCUGUUGUGCGCAUGCAGGUAGUGAGCUAGUGCAUGGAGGAUAAUUCUGACUCUCCGCUUCCCAAAUAAACAGUGAAAAUAAAGAGUGCCUAUUAACAGCCACUUUGGCUGAAGUGACCUUGGAGGCCCUGGCAGCCGAGACCACACAACUUAUGACCAGUGUCCUCACUGCAUGACACUCCGAAAUUACUAUAUCACUGGGCUGGGUGUCAAGCAGACAGACCAACAGGGGUUUGGUCAAGUCUGAAUGUACAUUCCCUGCCUUUGCCUGGGCAGCCACAGCCCAGCAGUUAGGAUCAAAGUCUAGUUCUUUUAAUUGGCUACCUGAAGACCUCCAUGCCACACACCUCUCCAAUUCACCAGCCAGCCCCUCCCACACCUCUAGUGACCUUUGGUCUAUAGUUCAGGGGCCUACCAUAGAGGUGUCCUCCGUCACCCCUCUGCCCAUCUCAGCAUCCCACCCCUGUGCUCAUCCCUAGAUCAGGGUCCACACCAGGUUCUUUCCUGGCUGCUGGCCCCAGAAUAUACACAGUGUGUGCCUGUAUUGCUUUUAUCCCAUGAUAUCCCCUGUGCCUGGCACUGGGCAACGUACACAUGUCUAACAGACGCUACGUGGGUGUGUG